AUGGAUUUCUCCGCCAAUGCCUGGGCUUCUUCAACUGAACAAUCUAACGCUCCACCAACUCAGACAACGCAAGCCACCCCUGCUUCUACCAACCCGUACAUGGAUAUAAUCAACAAGCUCGCCAGCGAAAUCGAAUCACUCAAAGCCAAUGCGCAAACCCAAACCGGUUCCUCCCAGUCAAACCAAGCUAAAGGCAAGAACAAGAAGCCAACUACGAAGUCAACCACCCCGAUUGCUCCUGCUGCCUCGUCGAGUUCUGCCGCAAAGAAGAAGCCACCGGUGCAAACAACUCCCAAAAGAGGACAGCGAGCCACUUCCGCCCCCCCCGAGUUCAUGAAUCAGCCAAAGACACCCAAGCCCCGCAAGCCAGUGGACGAGACUUACGUUGUGAAACCCUCCCCAAAGCAACAUCCCCAGCAAAUGCAAAAUGGGGACUUCCCUCGGGAAUUUUUGCCAACUAAGACGGCCUUAUUUGUCCACAUCAAGAUGCUCUGGGGCUUGUUGAAACAGGAUGCGGUUCCCUCACCCCCCGAGCUUGGCAUGCUUGAAGAGUUCUACAAGUGA